AGAUAGAUAUAGAUAUUAGUGUUUACUGAUGGAUACUGACAGGCAGUGUUACUAGAGAUUUUUGAGUUUGUGUUGGUGGUGGGCGUGGUGGGCGUGGGGCUGGCUGGGGUGCAAGACGUGGGCCUCAUCAGGUAAGAGAGGUGACCAGAGUUUUAAUAGAAUGAUGUAGAUGUUGUGUUUUGGUGAUGGGAGGAAGCGGAGGGCAGUUAUGAGACGAAGGCCGGUGAUUGCAGUAUUGGGACAAGGGAAUAGCUAGCACGGGUCUGGGGGCAGGUGUUUGUGUGGUGAGGUGUCUGCAGGAGGCCCGCUGAGCAAUGUCGCCAUGAGCUACAGGAAGGGGCGGGCGCGGCAAGGUGCUGUCAUCCCGCCAUACAUCAGCGCGAGGCAGGAGACACUGAGAGUGGCGAUUCCCUGAAUAGCGCGGCCUUGAGCGAGGCUAGUAGAGAAGUGUCGUGAGUCCAUCGUUAUUGUGAGGUCCGCCGAGGUGUGCAGCAGCUCCACUACUGCCCAGCGUCCACUCCAGCACUAGAGGGGCUGGUCGGAGGAGCCGUUCUUUUCUCCCGCUGCACGCCAAACCGGCCUCGUAUCGACCGUACGCCGCCGUGGGCCAACGCGCAGGCGUGCCAGGACUGCGUACGGACACGGCCCAAGAUGGCAUUUAUCAAGCCACUAAUGAAACCUGAGAUGGAAAAUGUUGCUUUGAUGAAUUUAAGUUCCAGGAUUUUUUUUUUCGUUUUGUUUUGAGUUGUUGAAGCGUACAACGGAUAUGAUUACAAUUUUGUGCGUGUCUGUGUGCGUGUCUGUCUGUCUGUGUGUGUGUGUGUGUGUGUGUUAGGUGUUGUGCUAGGCAUGGCUUCCAUUCCUCGGGUGGCAGGGAUGUGUGGUGGGAUGUGCAGGGGCGAGGCAGGUGUGGAGCAUGAUGUGGUGGUGGCGGCGAGCUGUGGCCAUGGCCGGGGUGGGGCGGGGACUAAGGGCGGGAGAGGGUGCGCGGGGGCCCGUGCUGGUGUGCGUGGAGGAGGGUGAGGGGCCGCGGGCCGGGCAGAGCGCAGUGCGUGCGUGAGUGAGUGGCUGGAGCCCGCGUGUGGGCUGCCUCACGCCGGGACGACACGACACUUCCUCCUGCUGGUGUGUGCCGCGGCUCUGUGCGCGUACCGUGCUCGCCUCACCGCCCUGCGCCUCCCCGGCCUGGACUAGUCUUUCUGAGGAGCCCCUCCACCACGCCGCUCGCCUUGGGGCCUCAUCCUGCACCAGGACGGCAUCGUAACAGCUGGCGGAGGCCGAGCCACCGCCACCGCUGUCCCCGGAGGUGGUGAGGCUGGCGGGCGGCAGCGGUGAUGGCGUGACACUGCCACCAUCGAUCCGCCCCGCACCCUCACGCACACCACUACCACAUACACACACAUACACCCACCCACCCACACACACCUACACACACGUGUACACCAGUAGCAGGAACGGUUGUGGUCGUAGUGAGCGGCGGCGCGUGCGGCCGUGCCCGCGUGUGUCCCUGCACCUGGCAGCAGCCGUGGCCUCCGUCAUGCCGCCGCCCCCCCUGCCUGCCGGAGGGCGGAGGGCUGACGCCGGGGAGAAGCAGGCUGCCGGCCCAGCCAGUGUGUCCUUUCUGCCGCCUACUGGCGUGUGCCUUCUGCCCACCCGCCACCGCCUGGCCCGCGGCGGGAGGGCGUGAGCGCCAGGCCCAGGAGUGGGGCUCGGCGGCAGCAGCCUUCGUGCCGGAUGACGGAAAGUCCUGAGUGAAGGCAACUCAGUCAACGUAACACAUGAAAGAGAAAAGUUUCCAGCUACCUCAGCAGGUUGUGUCGAGACGAAACUGGCGACAGUGCACUUUGCGGUACCAUGUCAUGAAGGUGUUGAAACUCGCGUCGCGCCUCAACCUGGAGUACUUCUGGUCUUGUUAUUGCAAGUUUAACACCCUCAAGGAAUACUGAGGCGCUCAGCCAAGUGCGGCGCGUGCUGCGAGGGACCCAUUUUUUGCCAGGGCGCGGGCGUGGGCCCCCUGCCAGGAUGCUCGGACCUCCCCGCCCCCACGCCGCCCACCUCGCCCCCCCGCCGUCCCCCCGCACCCGGGGAGCAACUUUAUGACGUGGGUCAGGUGAGGGCAUGCAGGCCGAUGGUCCUGGUGGACGGUGGGGCGGUGAGGGAUCAGCUGGUGGUCGCGGCCCGCUCAAAUAUGCUCUGCUGCGGCGGUCGGAAGGAGGGAUCCAAUGGUGUGGGGGCCGAGCUGGCAGCGUCGCCACGGAGGCAGGUGGCCGGACCUUCCCGUGGCAGAGACCCUCCAAGCAUGGUCGUCCAGGGAGACUUCCGCAAGGUGAGCGGCAUCAGCACCGAGAUCUUCCGGCAGAUUGAAACAGUCGAGAAUGACCACGAUGCGUCGACAGCAGCGGCCCUGGAUGUGGUGGAGCGGCGCGGUGAGAUGGUGGUACGCCUGCUGGAUCCUCGCACCCUCAGCAGGCCCGCCUAUGAGCAGGCCAAACGCUUCCUCACCGCCCAGAAUGUCAAGUUCAGCGUGCAGAUGGUUGAGAUAGUGAAGCGGCCCGGCCAGACGCUGGGACUCUACAUACGCGAGGGCAAUGGCGCCGACCGGGCUGAGGGAGUGUUCAUCUCGCGCAUUGCCUUAGAGUCGCCGGUGUACAACUCGGGAUGCCUGCGAGUGGGCGACGAGAUCCUGGCGGUGAACCUGGUGGACGUGACGCGCAUGGGGCUGGACGACGUGGUCAUCAUUAUGAGCAUCCCGCGCCGCCUGCUGCUGACCACCCGCUCGCGGAGGGGCGGCAGGGGUGCGCCGCCCUCGCCGCAGCCCAGACACGAGCCCAAGCCGCCGCCCGUCGUCGUCAUCAAGAAGGAGUACGAAGAGGAACCGAUCGAGGACUCCAACAGCAACGGGGACACGCUUCGCUUCGCUGCCAUGGGUCGGCCGCCCCCGCCCCCCUCGAGACCCCCGCCCGGGGUGCCGCAAACUCAGGAAUCAAGAUUCAGUACACUGCCUCGCUACCGGCCCCCAGAAACCAUGUCAGCCCUGCGACACGAAGAGCCGCUCAUGUACUACGGCACCAGAGGGAUACCAGGGAAGGGUCCCUUCGGCGUGCCGCAGGGAGUGCCACCCGGCGGGCAGCCCGGCGUGCUGGUGGGGCCCAUGGUGGGCCCGCACGCCACACACCCAGGCUACCAACCGCGCAGCACGCGACAACCAGGACUUCCGGGUGCCGGCAUCCAACCCUACGGCGCCCCGCCACGACCGCCAAUCGGGUCUGACAGAGAGCGGUACUACCAGCCCCCGCCGCCCGUCAUCACCGAGCAGCCCCGCCCGCAGCACCAGCAGCACUUCACGCCCUAUGAACGCUCAUACCCCAAAACCCUGGAGUCUCUGGCAGAACGGGUCCACGCCUUCUAUGGGUCCGCGGCAGGAGACCAGCUGGGCGGGCCGCUAGGGGUGGGCGACCUUGCCAUUCGACAGGCCCGGGCCCACGAGCCCCCUAUGUACGGCACCCUGGGCCGCAGCAGUGUUGGGCGGCCGCGCUUAGCCCGCACGCUGAGCGAUCAGCGACUGCCCGCCACUGAACGGGAGAGCCUGAGUGACUACGAGGGGAGCGGCCCUUCGGCACGCCGCCACAAGGCCAGCACGUUACAGUACCCUUCAGGGGCGCAGGUCUCUGACCGGGCCACGUUAGAACGCUAUCAGGAGACCAUGCGGCGCCUGAGUGCCCUGCGGCAGCGGACCCGCUCCGUGGACUACGCCAGCGACACCGAAGUUACGUUACCGCGGUCUUCCCUGCUGGCCCGGGCCCGCGGCGCUCACCACCCAGGAGGGCCGGGAGGCGGGGCGGCCCGCUCCAACUCCCUGCCACGCCACUCCUCCCGCCACCGCGGAGCCUCUCAUGUCAGGUUCGAGGCCCGUGGAGGGCCUGCAGUGAGCGAGGACGAGAGUGACGGUGCAGUCAGCGCUCCCGAGAUGCCCACCGGCACCGAGAGAGCUCGGCUCCCGUCCUCGCCCUCCAUCUUCACCUCGGACGAGUACCGGGCGUGGAUGAGCCGCGCGCCCUCCACCAGCGCCAUCUACGAGAGGAUACGGCAGUCCCACGAGACGCUCCGGGGCCAGCGCGGCGGCCUGCGCUUCACCUACAGCGCGGACAACCUGACGGACAAGAGCCGAGACGAGGCGCCGUACUACAUGCAGAGGCUGCACCUGGGUCCCGGGGCGGUGGGGGCGGCGGGCAGCGCCACGAGACAGCUGGGGCGGCUGGAGGGACAGUCCCGGCGGAUGAGGGCCGCCCUGGAGGAGGCCCGCGGCGUGCCGCACCCCUCGCCCACGAGGGGCAGACCCGCCCUCCGGCUCAUCGACAUUAACCCCGCAGAGUUCCUGAAGUACAAAGUGGGCGUGGGCAACAUGGGCGGGGUGUCGGAGGGCGUGUCGGGCAUGCUGUGGGUGCACCUCCUGGCCGGGCGGGGGCUGAAGGCCGCGGGGCGGUCUGAGUUCCGGGACUUGUACUGUGUGCUUGAAUGCGAUCGCGUCCACAAGGCGCGCACGGUUGUUCGAACAGGCGACUUAAACUUUGACUGGGAUGAAACCUUCGACUUAGACCUCAUAAAUAACAAAGAGCUGGACUUUUUAAUAUACUCGUGGGACCCGCAGUUUAGGCAUAAGCUAUGUUACAAAGGUUCAGUACACCUAGUGAGUUUACUCAAGGAAUCGCCGCUGCAUCAACUCGCACUAAAGAUUGAGCCUAGGGGCACCCUAUACCUCAAGCUACGCUACACUCCGCCCCGUCAGGCCUUCCUCCGAACCCCGGGUGUGCGCAAAAAUUCACUGUUUGGAGUGGAUCUGGACACGGUGUCGAAUCGAGAGUCGGGCGGAGGUACAGUCCCCCUGAUCAUCGCCCGCUGCGUGGCCGAGGUGGAGCGGCGGGGCCUGGACAUCAUCGGCCUCUACAGACUCUGCGGGUCGGCCACCAAGAAGCGUCUCCUCAGGGACGCCUUCGAGAGGAACCCGCGGCUGGUGGACCUCUCCUCAGACAACGUUCCUGACAUCAAUGUAAUCACAGGCAUCCUGAAAGACUACUUACGGGAGCUGCCGGAGCCGCUAUUCACCAAGUGUUUGUACCAGAUGCUCGUGGACGCACUCACCGUCAUGCUGCCGGACGACCCCCAGGGCAACGCCAAGCUCAUGUUUUCCAUCCUUGACUGCCUGCCCAAGGUCAACAGGACACCGCGUCCUUCCUUGCAGAUGACGCUGUUCCUCCUCAUGGAUCAUCUGCGUCUUGUGGCCAGUCAGUCAGAGAGAAACAAAAUGACCACACAGAACCUGGCCAUCUGCUUCGGUCCUGUCUUGAUGCUGCAGAGUGAAAGCGAAGAUCCCAUGGACUUCCACCAGCCAAUUAGUAUUCUCAAGUUUCUCCUCGACCUCUGGCCCUCCAAGUCAGCUCGGGAAGCGGAAGCAGCGAGUGCUCGGAGUGCGCGGCCUUCACACCUGGACCCGGGGAGGCGGAAGGUCGGGGGCCCCGGCAGCCGCAUGACCACGCCCCGGACCACGCCCCGGACCACGCCCACCAGCCAGUCCCCAGGUUCAGAGAGCGACUCCUCCCCGAAUCCUCCUGCUAACCUUCGGCCCAAGCUGGUACUGGGGGCCAUCGCCACCACCAGCUCCGGUGGAGAGCCUGGGAGUGGAGCAGCUAGUGGACCUUCCGCUCCCGGCUCCACCUCCACCACCUCCACACCCACCUCUUCCAUCACGUCCCCGCCAUCCACCACCGCUGCUCCAACCAGCUCCCUGCCAGCAGGGUCCUCGGAGGCGGCGUCAACCCUCACUGCCACCCGCGGCCUCGACCCAGAGACGGAGACCGAGGAGGACAAGGACGGAGCCGAGACAACGUCCAGCUAGCCAGCUCCUUGGACGCGCCCACGCAGGCCUCUCAAGUGUCGGUGUGAAUCCUUCGGUUAUGUUCAAGGAAGCGAGGCCACCUUUGGUCCAGCAUAUUUGGUCUGUAAUUUGGUUCUCUUGUAAAUCUGUCGCUGUUCUCCGAGUCUCCAGGAAUUUUGCCCAUAGCUCUUUUAUGCCUGGCGUAGGCUUGGCGACAGUUGGCCAGGUUCUGAUGUGUUUAAAAAAGCGUAAAAUAUAACACUAGUUGCAGCCAAUUGCUGAAUCCCUAACAUCACUUGCUGCAAAGAAGUUCCAAAAUCAUCGUGGUGCCUCGCGGACAUGCAUCAAAACUUCGAAUUUGUCAGGAGGGCGAAGUCCACCCCUCGUGAGCAGCCCUGAGAAGGCCACAGGAACCCUUGCACACAAGGGCUGUUGGGGACACCACCUCAGCUUUGGGCAAGCAUAAACAUCACCCUCGGUCAUCGCCUGCGGGGAGAGGCCACUGCGGGAUUUAUGCAACUUGUGUUACAAAUCACUGCCACAAACUUUUAAUUUAAUAUAUUGUCUCAGUGGAGAUGUCAAAUAUUAUCAGUAGAUGAGCUGCCAAGAGCUUAUAGUCAGUGGGAGUGCGGAUACUGGAGUCAGCAGCAAGGGAGCUAAGUGUCUGCACUGCCCGGUAGUCUGUGGUGUUCGAGAGUAUUCAACGGCGGUGCAAACUACUUGCCAGAUGGCUUCCAUUUCCCUCACGCCCGAUGUUUCCCAUGCAGGCUGUGAGGUAGAGUACCAGACACUGUUCCAUUCUGCUCAGCAUGCCGCAGCCUCAGUCCCAGCUGGCCUGGUGGUGACGAAGAUAUCUAAUAGCAAGCAGCUGACGUUGGCAAAGCAACAACAAUUAUUACGUCUUUCUUAAGCACCUGCAUGAGAUGUAACUCCCCUAGGAAUCCAUCUGCCCCACCUGAGUAGCUGAACAGCAUGACCAUUCCAAAUUCAUGCAGGAAUCCGCAGUGUUCCUUGUCCCUUAAACUGUCUGCUCUUUCAUGUAGCAAUAUUGUUCCUCGUGGAGCCCCGAGUAAGUCAAAGUCUAUAUACACCAAGUCAAGCCACGCGCAGGUUUGUGGGAGGAGACACGGCCGAGGCGUGGUUUAUGCGUGACGUUGCUUGGAGCCAAACUAGAGAAUGUAGAAACAGGGAUUUAGAGAAAACGAGGAAAGGCGGACUAAUUUAAAUCAAUCACUUCAACAUGCCCUCCCUCACACCCCACACCGCCGUUUGUAGUCAUUGGAAUUACAGUCACGCAAUAGCACAAUAAAAAGACAUAUUUUUUCGUCAGUGGCUUGCCUGAACGCGCUGUGAAAGAAGGCGAGAAUGCACAUCCAGAGUGCACACACGGCCCCAACUUUAGUCACCCCUGAACUGCCGGGUAUUUUUUUUUGGCUCCAAGUGACGUCAUCCCGCUGCUCCGCCCUAAAACCGCCUCCUGCGCGUACCGAUCGCAGUUUUGAAGCAGAGUGACUCGACUUGGUAUAUAUAGACUUAGCUCCUCCCCGCCUGUUGUGAAGAGGCCAUCACCUACCACCUACAUGAGGUUCAAAGGGUUCAAAGCUUACAACCAGUUCAGGCGUAGAUUAUUUACCUCAAACUGAAGAGUACGAUCAUAUAAUGUAGUCUCAACACUUUGCCAACAAGAACACAUAGAAUUCGUGGCUGAUUCAAACCCGAGUGUCACCCCGGCACUAACCACACCGUGUGACGUCAUGGCCAUAUCGCUGCAAAAUAUCGUACUAAAGCUCCACCUGACCCUAGGAGGAACCCAGUCAGCUCACAUUAAGGGCAAUCCGUGUGGUGAAGCCUCGCCGUCGCAUCGUACACUCGGCCGGGCGUGCUGGCAGUGUCUGGUUCUCCGUGUCGUGGUCGCGCGCGCCGUGGCUAGCGGGGCCACGAAAACCGCAGCUUGCAUUCACGAGUUUUGGUGCUUUGUCGGUUCAACUGCCUUUCAGACAUCUUUGUGUGGUUAAGUGAAAUGCAUGAAUAGUAUUUGCCCAAAUGUACUUUUUAAGGAACGACAGGCGACAGAUGAGCGAAAACGAUGCCAGAUAUUCCUUCAUUACCGUGUAUCAGUGUUGACAGGGUUGCACUCACACCUUUGCAGUGCUCUUGUACUUAAUUGGUGUCAACUUCUUAUAUGUACAUUUCCUUUGCUUCUAGUCUCUAUAAGGGUGCGGCCACACUCCACGCGGUCUGCUGGGAGGGUAGAGGGUAGCGGGUUGCCUAGGGGGUCAGCGGCAAGAACAGACACAUGUUAUCUAAUACGAGUGGGUAAGCGUGGAGGGAACCCGCUACCCUAAGUCUAUGUACACCAAGUCGUGUCACGCGCAGGUUUGUGGGAGGAGACACGGUCGAGGCGUGGUUUAUGCGUGACACUGCUUGGAGCCAAACUAGAGAAUGUAGAAACAGGGAUUUAGAGAAAACGAGGAAAGGCGGACUAAUUUAAAUCAAUCACUUCAACAUGCCCUCCCUCACACCCCACACCGCCGUUUGUAGGCAUUGAAAUUACAGUCACGCAAUAGCACAAUAAAAAGACAUAUUUUUUCGUCAGUGGCUUGCCUGAACGCGCUGUGAAAGAAGGCGAGAAUGUACAUCCAGAGUGCACACACGGCCCCAACUUUAGUCACCCCUGAACUGCCGGGUAUAAUUUUUUGGCUCCAAGUGACGUCAUCCCGCUGCUCCGCCCCAAAACCGCCUCCUGCGCGUACCGGUCGCAGUUUUGAAGCAGCGUGACAUGACUUGGUAUAUAUAGACUUUGGCAGCAGCAAUGUGCGUGGCAGCCUUCACCAGCGAGCCGCUCACCGUCUGCAGGAAUCGUUUAUUGAACUUGUUAAGCGUCUUCGAGGCCUCCUGUUGUACCGAGGCAGCUUUUACUCAGGGCUGGCACCACUCGGGGGGGGGGGAAGGGGGCGGGGGGAGGUUAAUUUUCAAUACAAAAAAAAUUAAUUCACACCAUCUUAAUCACAGCUGCAGAUGAUGACGUGUGUGUGUGUGUGUGUGUGUGUGUGUGUGUGUGUGUGUGUGUGUGUCGGACUCGAAAUCCCCAGUCAGUAUCGUCCUUGAAGGAACUUGGAACUCCAUAUCAAGGAUCGCUGGGUAUGGCUUUUGAUGGCUAUUUACUCUUUCAAGAGGAGGGUAUCUGGGCACCUCUCCUCCCGAAAUUGACCUCUCUUUCGGCCACCUCUUUGGAUUCUUUUUAGGAGCAGCGAGUAGCGGGCUUUUUUAUAUUAUUGUUUCCUUUUUUUGUGCCCUUGAGCUGUCUCCUUUCUUGUAAACACACACACACACACACACACACACACACACACACACACACACACACACACACACACACACACACACACUCGAGAGGCGGGAGGCAGCCCCCAACAGACACCCGUCACCCAUUUAACGCGUGGUGGAUAAGGACAUGGAUGAAAGGAGAAUGCCCAUCCGUCUCCACCUCGGAAUCAAACCCGAUACCUCUUGGUUGUGAGGCGAGCGUGCUAACCACUCACCCACCGACACACACACGCACACACACACACACACACACACACACACACACACACACACACACACACACACACCGCUUCGUAAUGCAGUACCAUCACUUUUGGGUACAGUGGAUAACGCGCUGAACUGCUACCCUCCUUGCUGAAGUUUGUCGCUGUCCAAAACGUUAACUUCCUUGAGCCCUCGCGGCGGGACGGGGAUGAGCAGUGUGGAUGGCCCCAUGAGAAAGGAUCGGUCCAGUGUGCUAAAUACCUUUCCGAAUAGUGUUGGCUUGCUCAGAUCAUGGAUGAAUGACACACACACACACACACACACACACACACACACACACACACACACACACACACACGUGGGACACAGUGUUGGCCAAAGUCUAUGUAUACCAAGUCAAGUCACGCGCAGGUUUGUGGGAGGAGACACGGCCGAGGCGUGGUUUAUGCGUGACGUUGCUUGGAGCCAAACUAGAGAAUGUAGAAACAGGGAUUUAGAGAAAACGAGGAAAGGCGGACUAAUUUAAACCAAUCACUUCAACAUGCCCUCCCUCACACCCCACACCGCCGUUUGUAGGCAUUGGAAUUACAGUCACGCAAUAGCACAAUAAAAAGACAUAUUUUUUCCGUCAGUGGCUUGCCUGAACGCGCUGUGAAAGAAGGCGAGAAUGCACAUCCAGAGUGCACACACGGCCCCAACUUUAGUCACCCCUGAACUGACGGGUAUUUUUUUUGUGUGGCUCCAAGUGACGUCAUCCCGCUGCUCCGCCCCAAAACCGCCUCCUGCGCGUACCGGUCGCAGGUUUGAAGCAGCGUGACUCGACUUGGUAUAUAUAGACUUACCCCAUCACCUUCAGCCAUUGAUGUAUUUAGGUUAUUGUCGGUUACCAUAAGAAAAUGAAGUGUUUUUUUUUAUAAGGGGAAACAGAACACGUUUUAUUUUUUGCGUUCUUAUUGUUAAUUUAAGUGAGACUUGACAAAGUGAGGCCAUUUGAUUUUAUUGCAAUUGUUUAUUCUACCGUGUGUGUGUGUGUGUGUGUGUGUGUGUGUGUGUGUGUGUGUGUGAGAGAGAGAGAGAGAGAGAGAGAGAGAGAGAGAGAGAGAGAGAGAGAGAGAGAGAGAGAGAGAGAGAGAGAGAGAGAGAGAGAGAGAGAGAGAGAGAGAGAGAGAGAGAGAGAGAGCAACGGUGCCAGAUUAUCGUACUCAGAGCCUCGUAUCUACCGGUUUCUGAUGCCUAACUAUUGCCAAAAAACACCAAUAAUUAACCAUUUUAAGGAUAACUAUAUAUGAAGGCAGUUAUUGGGGUCGUGGAGGCAGUUUUGGGGGCGGAAAUCGGCAAACAGGAGGCUGAGUACGACAAUCUGGCAACGUUGGAGGGGAGGGGAACACUCAAGGGGGUUAGUGUGUUGGAAGCAGCAGUGAGAGGAGGAUGUGUUCGUGUGUGCUCCGUGGAAAUGUAACCUUGACACUAAAGCUUGACUCGGGGGCUGCAGCGUAAAACGUGAACCAUAUUAGAACAGAACCUUCCUCCCGCAGACAAAUUGCUCAGUACCAAACGUUAUAUUAGUCUUUUAAACAUCGACGGUCUGUUCACGCCUACCCAUCAUCGUUACCAAACUAUCGUACACAGCCACGCAGCACAUUAUAUUUUCCGGUUUCUGAAUCACAGCUAUCGCAAACAAACGCCAAUGAGUAACGCUUUUAACGAUAACUUUAACUAGGAUCUCGUUAUCUGUGUGGGUAGGAGAGUUUUGGGCCCUGGAACUGAUGAAUGCGAUGUUCUGAGUACGAUAUUAUGGUAACGCUGGUACCCCUCAACGCCUGUGCGAGCUUAGCAGACCCAGGAGCCGCUCAGUCAGUCAGGGUACAUCGCUAAUGCCGUGCGAGAGUCGUUAAAUCUGAGCAAACAUAGCGAUCGAAAUUGGUCUGUGCCUUGCUAGCUAAUACAGGAGGCUUGUAAAUCUUAAGAAUAGCGGCUCCUAGUGGGUGCGUGGUAAUUACAACAUUUCUAGCACGUACGACGAGGGGGGCUUCGUGGUGCAGUGGUUAGCACACUCAGCUCACAACCGAGAGAGCCCGGGUUCGAUUCCCGGGCGGAGUGGAAAAAUUUGGGCGGGUUUUCCGAUACCCUACGCCCCUGUCCACCCAGCAGUGUACCAGGUAUUAAUCGGGGGUUGUGUCCCGUCUCCUGGGGUCUGUUCCCUUCUCCUGUAAUUCCUUCCCCUUCUGUCUCUCUCCGGCAUAUGACCACAGAUGUUGCGCCGAAUAAACCAAACUUUCCAACUGUUCCCUUCUCCUAUAAUUCCUUCCCCUUCUGUCUCUCUCCGGCAUAUGACCACAGAUGUUGCGCCGACUAAACCAAACAUUACAACUGUUCCCUUCUCCUAUAAUUCCUUCCCCUUCUGUCUCUCUCCGGCAUAUGACCACAGAUGUUGCGCCGACUAAACCAAACUUUCCAACUGUUCCCUUCUCCUAUAAUUCCUUCCCCUUCUGUCUCUCUCCGGCAUAUGAC